CGUGUUUUGAGUGGUGUUUAAUAGUAGUCGUAGUAGUAAUACGAAAAGAAUUAAAUUAUGUAUGUGUUGAAUCGUCAGUAGAUAGUAUGUUUGCUCCUUAACGAAAAGUUUAAUUAUGUAUGUGUAGAAGCUUCACUAGAAAAUAUAUGUUUGUUCCCCAUUUUCACUCUUAUGAUUUAUAAGUAUGGUUAAGUUCUAACCAAAUAUAGCCAAUAAAUCCAAAUCCCCCCAAAAUGUGUCGGGAGAUCAAAUAUUUGAGAACAGUAGCAAAGUAAAAAUUUGAUUCAUGAAAAAUUGGGAGCAGAUGAAAUGUUGGUAUUGCUACCAUUCAGCUCAGAGGACUUUGUCCACUCAACUGCUGAUUAGAAACGAAGAUUAACGAUUAAAAUAUAAAAAAACAAUUUUUCCUGUAGUUUGGUAUAGGUGUUUGAGAACGGGUUGCUGAGGAGAAUUGGCCAAGAGGGAUGAAAUAAUGGAAGGGUGACAAAUACUGCAUAAUGAGCUUCACAACUUGUAGUGCUCAUCAAAUGUAUUUUGAAUGAUCAAGGAGUAUGAGAUUGGUAGAGCAUGUACCACGCGUGGCAGAGAAGAUUAAUGCUUACAGGGUUUUGGUUGCAAAACUAGAAGGGAAGAGACAACUAGUAAAAUCUUGAUGAUGUAAGUGGAAUAUUAGGAUGGAUCUUGGAGAAAUGAGGUUUAUGCCUUGUGAUGAUAUGGAUUAGGCACACUAAUAGUGUACUAUCCUGUGUAACUGUACAAGCUUUUUUGGAGUGAUAAACAUUAUCCUAAGCUGGGAACCGAAUCAGAUUGUUUGGCAGCUUGUGUACUGCUACCUCAUUAUGACCUACUACAUGAAACCACCAAGAGGUAACAUUGCUUUACACACAUUACAUAAAUGUGUACAACAAAGAUUUGAGUUUCUACUAUCUAUCGAAAAUGGAGAAAUUAAUAUACCCAAGAACUUUGAAUAUUUAAAUGAUGGCACCUCAUUGGACAGAGCUGGACAUUUUGUACUAAGGUUGCUGUCACUCUCAUGUUAUAACUUCAAGAUAUUUGUGUUAAAAGCAGAAACCAAUUUAUUUGUUAACCGUUUGACUGCACUGAAUUAUAAACAAAUUACAAAUGUGUUGAAGAUACUGUACAAACAUGUGAAAGAGAUCAUCCAGCUCUCACCAAAUAUAUCAGUGGAAUUUAUUCAGUUCCUAUCAACAGUGAAACAUGUUUGUAAAAUUAUGAUAAAACAGGAAACAGCUAUCCAUACAUUCAGGGAAACUCAUCCAGAAAGCUGUUCACAUUAUAACAUACAUGUACCAUUCAGAAUGUGCUUGCCAUUAGUUCAGAAACGUGAAGUAGAAUUGAAAUCAGGGAAAUGCAUUGUACCCUGUGGGAAGUGGAAGCAUCUUCUUACAAUCCUGUUCCACCUGCAUCUGGAAUUUGGUAUGAAACACAUAGAAAGCAGAGGAUGUCUACAUAAAGCACUGAAUGAUCCUCGACUACACCAGCUUGCACAGGAUUUGGGAAGAAGAUUCAACGAUAAUAUUUCUCAAGUGACUGGGGCUAGAAUGACAGCUCAAGAUGUGAAUUCACAAAGUAUUUACUUUCCACCAUGCAUGGCUCAUCUUUAUAAAGUCCUCCAAUCAAGACAUCGCCUCACUCAUGAGGCUCGCAGACAGUUUACUCUGUUUCUCAAGGAUGCUGGUAUGCCUGUUGAAGAAGCUCUGAAUUUCUGGAGCACUGAAUAUUCUCAGCCUAGUCCAGAAUGUGGCUCAGGGUGCACCCAUUCCUGGCAGAAGGAUGCCCAUCGCUAUCGCUACAGCAUUAGGCACAUGUAUGGUCUGGAAGGAGGCAGAUACACAUAUUCAGUACCAAGCUGUAGCUAUAUUCAGAAAUCUAACUUGACUCCAUUGGCUGAAGGUGGAUGCCCCUUCCAGCACUUUGAUUAUACAAGUAUGAUAUCCACAUUUCCUUCUCAGCUUCUGAAUGACAAGUUUACUAUGAACAAAAUACUUCAUCUGAAAGCAAGUAAUAAGCCACAGGAAGCAUGCCACUUGUUACAUAGAUUUCAAAGGGAUUUGAUUCAUGCAAUGAAGACUUCUCCGAAUGUAGUGACUCCUAACCAGGUGUUGUAUGCCAGAAGCAAUUCCUUGACCAUAUUUGUAAAUCCUGUGCAGUAUUAUCUGAGCCUAACAUCACCACAGCAAGAUAUGAAUGAUACAAAUGAGAAUAAUAAUUAAUUUGCUAAUUACAUUUAAUUGAUGACUUUUCAAUAGAGGUUGUAAACAGUCUUUCGAUCUUGAGGUAAGCCAUAAAACUCAAGGGACUCCAGACCAGGUGUGGAUAUGUUUAUUUGUACACAGACUUGAGUUGUUCACAUUUGCUGAAACUUAACACUUUAUGGACGUAGAAUAGACUAGAACCAGCCUGUGUUAAGCUGAAGCUUCCUUAGUUAGCCAUCUUAUUCAUUUAAGAAAUCUUCUUAGACAAGUGUUUACACUAAAAAUACACUUUACUGGGUGGGCUGAGGCUGGGAAGUUUGGCCUUCCCAUAACUGAAAGUACUGCCACAACAGCAUACUGUUAUUUUAUAAGGAAAAUAACCUCUGUGGAGAAAUUCGUUUCUAGAAGCCAGUAGUCACACAAGUCAAAAUUUCCCUGCUUCUUAUGGAACCAAACAGUUCACCACCAUGUUGGAGCACCAUUUUAGAUAUGAUGUAGCCCUUUCUAGGACUUUACUCUGCCCCGUCCCUCCCUUUUUCAUAUUCCCAUCCCUAUCAUCCCACACACUCCAGCCAUACCUUUUCCCCACCAUCCCAUAUUCUACCCCUUCACUUCCAGAAAUAAGAUUAGGUCGUUUUAGAUCAGUCUUUCUGUUCCACUUGCUAUUGGGUAUUGCUUGACUCUCAAGUCUGUGAAGAUAUAUUCUUUAAGUAGUAGUGGCAGAAGCUUUUGGGUAGUUACUUUGCAUAGAAGCUGAAGGGAGCAAGGAUCUCCAGAUAACCAAUAAUACAUGAUGUCUUUACCCAAACAUGAACAGCAUCAACUGUUAAGCUGGCAUAUAGUCCCAAUGUAUUAGUCAAAAUAAAUCUAAGUACAACCAACCAACAACAGUACCUGUUAGCAGAUAAACUACCCAGAAAGGGAUAUUUGAGUAGUUCACUCAUGAUCUGAGCUAUUUGUCAUGAACUCAGGAAAUUGGAGAAGCCUCCCAUUUUCACCCCAAAGGAACAGAGGGAACCACCUCCAAAGGAUAUGUGAUGACUUGGUUUCUCUACCCUGGCCCUUCGAAGGGCCUAUUCAAUAUCCUCCUUUUUUCUCUCUGUCUACCCCUCCGCCCCUCCACGUUUGAUUCUCUUUCCUUCCUCCUGUGCUUCUUCACUUCUACUGUCUUUUGCAUUUUAAAAAUCUGUCUUGCAUCUCUCUUCCCCUCCUUCCUUCCUGAUACAUAUUUUGUCUUCCUUGAGAAAACAGCCCUUUUGUGGGCAAUGGUUCAGUUGGCUGAUUUACAGCCCCAGUCCCAACCCUUUCAUUCUUAUAUUACAUACUGUUUUACACAUUCAGCUCACUUCUACCCUGAAGAUGGAAGGUUCCUCCAAAAUAUUGGUACCUAGCUCUCAAACUGUACAGAGUCACAUCCAAAAAGACCAUAUACCUGACUGAUGAUUUAUGUUCAUGGCUUGGUAAGCAUUAAAUUGGAAAUACAUGAUCAAAACUGUUCCUUUUACCCCCGAAGUUUGGUAUUACUGCUCAGUAGUGACAGAAUUCAAUACACUGUACUGAGCAA